AUGAUUUAUUUAGAAAAGUAUUUUUCUCAAUGUAUUAAAAAAAAGGUAUUUUUUUUGAGAAUAAAGAAGUGUAAUAAUAUAUUAUCUAAAAAACAAUUAUUAAAAAAAACUAAAUAUAUUUCUUUGGUUAAAUAUAAGUGUAAAUUAUAUAAUACAACUAAUGUGCUAUGUGAAUUAAAAAUAGAUAAUGCGAAAAAAAUACAAUUUUGCAAUUUAUUUAAUUUCAAAUUAGUUGAUAUACUCACUAUUUUUAAGAUUUUAAUGAAAUUAAAAAAAAUUGUAUUAUACAAGUAUAAUAAUAGUAUUUCAAUUAAAGUAAAAAGAAGACGGACAGAGAAAAAUUGUAAGUACAAUUUAAGUUGGUAUAAUAAUAUAAUUUUAUUUGAUGAUUUCAUUUUAUUUCUUAAUAAAUAUCUGAGACGAAACAAAAAAUAUAAGUUGUUAUUUAGAAGGUUUAUUGAUACUGAGUUAAUUAAAAAAAAAAAUAAAAUAAAUAAUGUUAUUUAUAACAUACUUAAUGGUAAUUACAUUAAUGAUAAUAAAUUAACAACUGAUGAAAAGAAAAAAAAAAACAAAAUUUAUAAAUACUUAAAAAGAUGUGCUUUAAAAAGAAUUUUAAGAAGUAUAAAUAUCAAUAUAAAGAACAAAAGUUAUGCAAAUAAUUUGAAUGAAAAGAAUUUUUUAAUAAAAUUUUAUGUAAAUAAUAAUCUAUUUCAUAUAUCAUCUUUUUAUAAAAGAAUAAAAGGAAUUUAUUACAUUUAUAGAAGCGUAGUAUAUAUUAAAAAAAAUAACAUUAAAAAAGAUAUUGCAAUAAUAAAUCUUAUAUCUGAUGAUAAAUCAUACUAUGAAGUUAAGAAAAGUUGUAUAAUUGUUAAUACUUUUUAUAUAAAAUAUUUUAUUAAAUAUAACCUUAAUAAAAUUUUUGUUUUGCAUGAAGAAUUUUUAAAAAAAAAAUUUAAAACAUUAAAAAAAAAUUUUAUACAUGUAUCACCAAUUAGCAAUUAUUUUAACAAUUAUUGUGGAAAACUUCAGAUGAAUUAUUUCUUAAUCAAAACAAUAGAAAACAAAAAUAUUAUUAAUACUAAUCAAUUUAGAAGUAUUGACAAUAAUAUAAAAAUAAAAAUAUUCAAAAUUUACUUAAAUGGAAAGUAUUUUAAAUCAUUUCCUAUUAGUUUAACUUAUAAUAUAAAUAAUAAAAAAUUCUAUUUAAAUAAUUUCUUUUAUUUUGAUAUUGUAAAAUACAACAUAAACAACUUAUGUAUUUUUAAAGAUAUUUAUUUAAAUAAUUUAACUUUUUUUCAGAAUAAUCAAUUUUAUUAUAUAGAUGAUCAAAAUAUUAUUUUAAAUAACGAUAACAUAUAUAUAGAUAUUAAUUAUAUUCUUCUCUUCUAUUUUUUGUAUUUUAAUAAAGAAAAUUUAUAUUUACCAAAGAUAAUUAAUCCAACUUUUUGCUUUUAUUCGUUAUUAUAUAAAAAAAAAGAAAAUUCAAAAAUAAUAAGAAAAAUUAUUUAUAAAGCUGAUAAAAAUUUUGUUAAUUUUGUUUUUUAA